GCCACCCAUCCAGUGCAGCACAGCUUCCCAGAGGAAGCCUCACCCAGCCUCUGUACUGAGGUUCUUCUGUGCACGCUGCUGCUGCUCCGGGCCCGAGAUGCCAGCUGUCCAGCUGCUGCUUCUGGCUUGCCUGGUAUGGAACGUGGGGGCCAGGACAGCACAGCUCCGGAAGGCCAAUGACCGGAGUGGCCGAUGCCAGUAUACCUUCACUGUGGCCAGCCCCAAUGAAUCCAGCUGCCCCGAGCAGGGACAGGCCAUGUCAGUCAUCCAUGACCUACAGAGGGACAGCAGUGCCCAGCGUGCAGACCUGGAGUCCACCAAAGCUCGACUCAGCUCCCUAGAGAGCCUCCUCCACCGGCUGACCUUGGGCCAGGCUGCUGGGCCCCAGGAGACCCAGGAGGGGCUGCAGAAGGAGAUAAGCAUCCUGAGAAGGGAGCGGGACCGCCUGGAAACCCAAACCCGGGAGCUGGAGACCGCCUACAGCAACCUCCUCCGAGACAAGUCUGUCCUGGAGGAGGAGAAGCAGCAACUGAGGCAAGAGAAUGAGGAUCUGGCCAGGAGACUGGAGAGCAGCAGCCAAGAGGUAGCAAGGCUGAGGAGGGGCCUGUGUCCCCAGACCCGAGACACUGCUCAGGAUGUGCCACCGGGCUCCAGGGAAGUUUCUACAUGGAAUUUGGACACUUUGGCCUUCCAGGAACUGAAGUCAGAGUUAACUGAGGUUCCUGCUUCCCGAAUCUUGAAGGAGGGUCCAUCUGGCCAUCCCCGGAGUGAAGAGGGAGAAGAUGGAUGUGGAGAACUCAUUUGGGUAGGAGAGCCCCUGACUCUGAGGACAGCAGAAACGAUCACCGGCAAGUAUGGUGUGUGGAUGCGAGACCCCAAGCCCACCCACCCCUACACCCGGGAGACCACGUGGAGGAUCGACACGGUGGGCACAGACGUGCGCCAGGUGUUUGAGUAUGACCUCAGGAGCCAGUUCACACAGGGCUACCCCUCCAAGGUGCACGUGCUGCCUAGGCCGCUGGAGAGCACGGGAGCUGUGGUGUACGGGGGGAGCCUCUACUUCCAGAGGGCCAACUCCAGAACCGUGGUAAGGUACGAGCUGAACACCGAGCUGGUGAAGGCGGAGAAGGAGAUCCCUGGAGCCGGCUUCCACGGACAGUUCCCCUACUCUUGGGGUGGCUACACAGACAUUGACUUGGCGGUGGACGAGGCUGGCCUCUGGGUCAUCUACAGUACCGAGGCAGCCAAAGGCGCCAUCGUCCUCUCCAGACUGAACCCAGAGAAUCUGGAACUUGAACACACCUGGGAGACUAACAUCAGGAAGCAGUCCGUUGCCAAUGCCUUCCUCAUCUGUGGCACCCUGUACACCGUCAGCAGCUACUCCUCUGCUGACGCAACCGUGAACUUCGCUUAUGACACAGGCACAGGCAGCAGCAAGACCCUGACCAUCCCAUUCAAGAACCGCUACAAGUAUAGCAGCAUGAUCGACUACAACCCCCUGGAGAAGAGGCUCUUUGCCUGGGACAACUUCAACAUGGUCACCUAUGACAUCAAGCUCUCCAAGAUGUAAAGAAGUCUGGAGCUAUACCCAGCAAAGGCAGGAGACGUGCAGGGCUGCAGGGUAGAGCAGGCUGGAGGGCAGGCCAGCUGGCCAGCCAGCACCCAGGCAGCCCUCUCAGCUUUCCAAGCUUUCAUUAAUCCCAGAGAAUGUGCAUGGUCACCAUCUGAUUAUGCAGGAAUAGUAGUCUGAGGGUAUGGACCA